UUUUAGAAACAAUAGAUUCGAGAAAAGCAGAAGCAAAAACAACAUACGUUACGUUAUUGGAUAGAGCACCAGACGGUACAAUGAGAAAAUAUUUAACAAUAAAGCAGCGAUGUAUAGGAAAUAUACGAUGGUAUGCAUGCUCUUUCUGUCACAAAGAAUUUAAAAAACCAUCAGAUUUAAUACGUCAUUUAAGAGUACAUACUCAAGAAAAACCAUUUAAGUGUUCUUAUUGUGUUCGCUCAUUUGCAUUAAAAUCAACGAUGAUUGCACACGAACGUACUCACACUGGUACCAAGAAGUAUGCUUGUGGUUCGUGCGAUAAAACUUUUGCAUGUCAUAGUAGUCUUACUACUCAUACAAGAUUACAUACAAAACCACAUAAAUGCACUGUAUGUGAUAAAUCGUUUAGUUCUAGUGCUGUUUUAAAAAGUCAUAUGAAAAGUCAUUCUAAAGGAAAAUCCAAUCUCUCACCGGAAGCAGAAAGUCUAGUACCACAAAUAGUUUUACAAGAACCAUUAGUUAUUAGCGAUGCUGGCAAUAAAAUCAGCGUGGCGCAUGUACAAUCAAAACAAAAGCAUGUUUAUGACAGUGCAGAUGUUGCAAGAACACACAAAUGCUGGGUAUGUCAUGCAGCGUUUAGAAAAAUUAGUCACUUAAAACAGCAUUUUCGCCGACAUACUGGAGAGCGUCCUUUUAAAUGCACAAAGUGUGAUAGAAGAUUUACAUCUAAUAGCGUUCUUAAGUCACAUUUGCAUACACACGAUGACGCAAGACCAUACAGUUGUACUGUAUGUAAUACUAAGUUUUCUACUCAAAGCAGUAUGAAGAGACAUUUAGUUACUCAUAGUAACAAAAGACCAUUUAUGUGUCCUUAUUGCCAUAAAACCUUCAAAACUUCAGUUAAUUGUAGAAAACAUAUGAAGAUACAUAAGCAUGAACUUGCACAGAGACAGUUAGAACAACAAAAGAAACAACAACAGAUAAAGGAUGUACCAAAGACAUUAAAUAAGGAUAAGGGAACUAUUUUACCAGAGAAUAUAGCACUUUCAGAGGAAAUGGAAGUAUCAUUCCAACCACAAAUGGCACCUGAUUUUGCACUAGCUUUUUCUGAUCAAUUUCAAAAUAUAACUGAUAAAGAGAAAACAUUUUUAACUACAGACAGAACGCAGCCAGUUAUCAAUCCAAGUUUGUCUACAAAUUUGUCUACAAAUUUGUCUACAAUGGAAACUAAUAAUUUAACAACAUCGCAAACUUUACAUACUGAUGAAACAGCCACUAUUACAAUUCCUAAUUAUACAGGGGAUCAAUCGCUUACACCUGAAAGUAUACGCGAAAUAGAAGAAACUUUUAAUCAACAAUUAUUUAAUAUUGGAAUGAAUCUUGGCUUAGGAAGCAAUCUCUCAAGACCUGUAGAUGAUACAAACGCAAAUACUCUUGAACAAAGAGAACAACCUGUUUUGAAUAUUAUUUAUGAUAAUAAUAAAAACUUAGAGUCAUCUGUUAAUACGAUGUUCUCAUCACAAUUUGACUCAUUUGAUAUUAGCCAGAUUACAUUACAACCUGAUUCUGAAAUAGAUAUUGGACUGAAUACAGACAAUUCUGCAAAUAUAGCAAAUAUUUUAACUAGGUCUAUACAAGAUAGACAAGAAAUAAGCACUAUUGCCAUUGAAAGUAAUACAAAUGACAAUCACAUUAAAACACCUAAACAAUUAAUGAUAUUGGAUUCCAAACAAACUGGAUCCGAUGCCUUAAAACUGCCACAAUCUUGUCCAAGAUAUCCGAAAGUUAUAGCUAAAGCAGAUACAACAGAUACAACAGAUAUAGAAAUAAUAAAUUUAACAAAUAGCACUGAAAUGCAGAUGAUAAAUGAUUGUAAUAAAAAACAUCAAGAAAAUAUCGUAUGUCACGAACAUGAAAAUAAUACUUUGCAUAUAAAAUGUGACUUAAACAACGAUAAUUUUCAAGAUGCAUUACAAUUAAAUGCUCAUUCAAAGUUACAUUCCCCAUCAAAUAUCAUUUAUACAGAUAUUAAUGGAUGCAACAUUCAAUGUGAAUCUUUACUUCAAUGUCAUAUAUGCAGUGAACAAGGCUUUACUACAGAAGAAUUAAAGGAACAUUUACAAAGUCAUCGUGGAACAAAAGGCUUCCAGUGUACAAUAUGUUUUCUUAAAUUUUGUACUAGCGGUGGACUUAGCAGACAUUUAAAAUUACAUAAAAGUAAAGACUCAUUAGAACCAGACAGCUCGCAAAAAGAAAAUAUUUCUAUUGAUACAAGUCUUUCUAUCGAUUCUACUUCAAAUAGUAAAAUCUCUUUUGAUGACAAAACUUCCUUAGACGAAAAUAUUUCUUUAGAUGAUAAAAUGGGCACUGAUUCAUCAGUGUCAGAAAAAGUUCUUUUAGACAUAGUAGCAGAAAAAAAGAUCAUGGAUCAAAUAAAUGGUGGUGUAGAGAAAAAAGAAACAAAGCAAUAUAUUAAUAAAUGUAAAUACUGUCCGAAAACAUUUCGCAAACCAAGUGAUCUUAUAAGACACAUUCGAACACAUACUGGGGAAAGGCCAUACAAGUGCGAACAUUGCAGUAAGAGUUUUGCAGUGAAAUGUACAUUGGAUUCUCAUAUGAAAGUCCAUAGUGGCAAGAAAACAUUUUGUUGUCAUGUUUGCAACAGUCUAUUUGCUACAAAGGGCAGUUUAAAGGUUCACAUGCGAUUACAUACUGGUUCCAAACCAUUCAGAUGUCAGAUUUGUGACCUAAGAUUUCGAACUUCUGGUCACAGAAAGGUACAUUUAUUAAAACACGUGAGACAACACAAAGGUACAACAAAACGAAAACCAAAGCACAUGAAAGUUUCUGCCGUAGCUGAAGCAAGUCUUGAUUUAGAGAAAUCAGUUGAAGGUGUUGUGCAUUUAGUAGCAACUGAUAAUGAUGUAUCUACAUCAUCAAAUGUUGAUUAUUCAAAUCUUGAUACAAUUAGUAUUGAUACUAAUAAUUUGGUCAAUCAGAUUAAUUUGAAUAGCGAAGCGAUGAUAUUAAAUAAUAAUUCGAUAGUAUCAUUAAAUGAGAAUAAUCAAUUAGUAGCAAAUUUGCAUUUCUUAUUAGCAAAUGGAUUUGUUACUAUUCAAACGGAUGAAGCUUCACAACAGCAAACACCACCACCACCACCACCACCACCACCAGUAGCAGCAGUACCACCACCAUUAGUACCCAUUUCUAAUGCAAAUGUUAUUCAGAAUGAGAAUAAAUUACCAGAAUUUGUUAAUCCUACAUCUAUACAGGAAUCUUAUAUUGAUACGGGUGCUAAACACGUUGUUAUUACAAAUGAAACAUCCACAAGAGCAGCCCUUCCAACCAGUCAUGUUUCAAUAGAGCCAAAUAUAGAUAUCAAUAUAACACAGUUAGAAUAUACAGACACUACACCAGUUAAAACAGAAGAGACAAUGAAGAAGCAAACAAAUAAGAGCAAUUCAUCAAAACAGAGAGCAUGUGAUAUUUGUGGAAAAACAUUUAUGAAGCCAUACCAAGUAGAGAGACAUAAACGAAUUCACACAGGUGAACGUCCAUUUAAAUGUGAAUUAUGUACCAAAUCAUUUGCCCAAAAGGCAACAUUACAAAUGCAUCAAAAACACCAUACAGGUGAUCGACCACACGCUUGUCCAUGUUGUGAUUUUACCUUUUCUCAAAGAGGGAAUUUACGAACACAUUUAAGACGUGUUCAUCGAUUGGAUCUUGUCAGUGCUAAAAAGUUGAAAUCAAGUCAACAAGUUUUAAGUGCUAAAUUAAUACAAAAUAAUAUAAGUGAAACAAAAAUUUUAAGUUUAGAUGAUAUUGCCUUUGUUCAGUUUGUAAAAUAAUCAUUUUUAAAAUAGAAUAACAUUUUCAAAUGCUAAAUACGCUUAAACUCCUCUAAUCCUGUCUGAGAAAUCAGGUAGAUUACUUUUCACUGCUCUAAUUAUGAAAGAUUAAAAAAAGGAAAAAAAAAAUAAUUAAUAUUAGACUGAUCUCUCUGUCUUUGCAUUGAGAAAUUUUUUAAAACUCGCUGUGAUGUAUAUAUCGUGUACACUGAUAACAAUAAAAUAAUAAAUUUA